CUGGUCUUCUGCUUCUCAUUGUUGCUUAUUAUUUUCAUCAUGAAGACGUCUGGGAUGUCUCUCUUCACCGCUCCACUUCUCUGUCUCCUCUGGCUAACGCAGCGCGCCUCGGGCCAGUUGUCGGCCCCAGAGGAGGUGACAGGCGCCUGCGGGGGGUCCGUGGCUGUCCCUUGCCUCUACGGCAGUAACUUCAGAGACAACACAAAAUACUGGUGCAAAGGAUGGAUCUAUGAUCUGUGUCAAAUAGUGGCGAAGACACCCCGCAGGCGACCAGAAGACAGGGGCUCCAUCGUGGAUGAUAAGGAGGCCGGAGUCUUCACUGUAACCAUGAGUUCCCUCACAAGGGCCGAUGACGGGAUGUACUGGUGUGUCAUUGGCGGUUAUGGAAGGAACAUCCACACCGGCGUCAGGCUCCGCGUCGCCCACACAAUGAUGACAACGCCAACAACUCAGCAGCCGGAUGUAAGUUGGUGGAUGACGCUGCGUUGGAUCACCUUUAUUCUAAUGUUGUGUUGUUGGGUAUCAACACACAUUGCUGCGUGGAGGAAAACGGCCGUGAGAGAAAAACAGCGGCAACAACCCCCUCAACAAUUUCAACAUCUAGAGUCAAACACCUAUAUUUGAAAGUUGUCUCUGAUUUAUUGGGUGUUUUAUGCUCAGUCUACAAAAAUAUUUCUUCAGUGGACAUUCUAUCAGUGGGUGAAUUAAACUACGUGUCUUAUUAUAAAUUAUUGAAACCGUAGUAAAUUUUGGUGCAAGGACCCAAGAUCACUUUAGUCCAGACUUUUGAAUAUCAAAUUAUCUUACAAUUGCUGCCUCUAGAGAAGUGAGGCUAUUGGCUUUCAUUCAACAUAUUUGUAUUUCUUAUAUGGACCAUAAUAGAGAUGGGUAUAUUUACAUUACAUUUUUUUAUUUAAAUUAUAUUUUUAACCACCAGUUUAUCUGUUUUUUUUAAUCAAAUCUGUCAGCGAUGUAGUCCUCCAAAGAUCUGAAAAGUUGCAGAAUAAUAUCACAGAAAUGAAGGACCACCUCUUCCUAAACGAGAGAGGAUUACUGAGGUAGAUGAUAUUUCCUUAGAAAAUCUUAUGGGAUACCUACAGCUGAGAUGGAAUAUUUCUCCCUUCUCGCAGCCCGGCUCUCAGACUGGGUCUACACCAUGAGAAACACAAUAUGCAGUGCAACAGAUAGAAAGAUAGAAGGAUUUGAUCUGUAAAAUAAGCUGCAUUUGCACUUUAAACAACAGGCCAAAGACACCAAGAGCCACAACAUGGGGUUUAUUGGGCCUGGGGCGGGCACAUGUAACUGAUUACUAUUCAAUAGACACCAACAAAUCUAAAUUAUGUUAAAAUGCAAGUUAUUCCCUCAAAGGUGCCAUGUUGAUUUGUGAACCUUGUCGAGCAGAUUUCAUUACCUUGCUGGUUGUAGCGGCAAGAUAUUGGAUAAUUGUGUCUGCUGGUCUGUGCUUUCAGACAAUGGCACAUACAACCGCAUAUAUUCACAGUUUUAUUAGACAAAAUGUACAAUCGAAUGUAAUUAAUCUAGCUUUUGCAAAGAAUGUAAUGUUCACAGUAUUUAGUCUGUGGCGGUGCUGUAGACUGCAUUAUAGGUUGUUGUUGUUGUUGUUCUGUCAGCCUCAUGAAUGUAAAUGAGAAACGCCUUUGAGGUCUUCUUCACAGUUGUUACAAAUACCAUUAACUAUGACUUUGUUCUCUUCAUGUGCCCCAGUAAAGCAAUCAGUGUGACAGUGAGCCAGCAUGCAAUAAAGGAAUUUCGCUAUCUGUCAUUCUAUUAGUUCUAAUCUGCGCAUUUUCUAAUAACUGCAAAAAUGUCUCAAAUACAUUACA